UGAGUCGUGGGGUCCAUGCGGCCGGGAUGGAGUUCGUGCCUGCGCCUCUCGCCCGCUCCUGGCUCUCGAGCGCCUGUGCCUGCGGAGUGCCUCGGUUGAUCCAGGCCGGCUGCUUUCCCCACGCCCGCGAGCCAUGCCAGCCGAGGAGGGGACGGCGGCGGCGGCGGCAGAGCCAGUGGCGAAGGCACGCUCGCGGAAGGCGUCGUCGGGCUUCCGCCCGCUGGCGCCGCUCCUGGAGCGCCUGGGCCCCGAGGUGGGCCAGCUCGUGCUCACCGUCUACGGCGGGCUUGCCGGCUUCUUCUGCUACUUCGCCAUGUACGCCUUCCGGAAGCCGUUCAAAGCCGGCCUGUUCCACGAGCACCAGUAUUUCGCUGGCACGCAGGUGAAGUUCAAGACGGCUCUGGUGCUCGCGCAGCUGCUGGGCUACAUGACCUCCAAGUUCUUCGGUGUCAAAUACGUGGCGGAGGCCAAGAAUAAGAACGUUGCGAUGCAUCUCCUCUUCAUCAUCGCGUUUGCUCAGUUCACCUUGGUUCUCUACGCGAUCUUGCCUUGGGAUUGGAAGGUCCUCGCCAUGUUUCUGAACGGCCUGCAUCUGGGAGUGAUCUGGGGGCUCGUCGUGACUUUCUUGGAGGGAAGGCGCACCAGCACCUACAUGCUUUGUGGCCUCUGCUGCGCGUUCAUCGUCAGCAGCGGCGCUGUGAAGGAUGUGGCGCUCAUGAUCUUGAAUCGGGGCGUGAGUGAGGAGUGGAUGCCGGCGUACGUCGCCGGCAUCUUCCUCCCACUCUUCGUCCUCUGCGUCUGGCUCCUCUACAACAUGCCUCCGCCCUCGAAGGAAGACAUAGCCGCUCAGAGCGAGAGGAAGGCCAUGGACGGCACGGAUCGCUGCAACUAUUUCCAGACCCAAGACUCGGCCUGGUGAUGCUCUGGCUCGGAGUCCUAAUCCUGACCGCGUACCGGGACUAUCGCGACACCUUUCAGACGGAGCUGUUCGUCGCCCUGCAGAACAGGGAGCCAGAUCCAGGAACGUUUUCCAAGAGCGAGUCGAUCGUGGGCAUUGCGAUCUUGAUU